AUGGACGGGACGGGCGCCCAGGAGGAGCGGGCGGUUCAAGUGCUGGGUACAGGCAGCAGUGUGGUAUCUGCAUUCCAAAGCUCAGCUGUAAAGGAAGAAGUUGAGGAUAACAUUGGAACAGAAGAUAGGAUCAGCCCUGGAAAGGUGAAGGAAGAUGGACAGUAUUGCACCCUGCAGGCAACUGGGUCAUCUUCCCAAGACUCAGUGGCUCUUGAUGACCAGGUCAACCUUGCAUCAGUGUGUGGGCGACUGUCGAAUUUCCUCAGUGAGGUGAAGUCUGUGCCCCUACUUUCUGUGGUUGAAUUUGCACAGGAGCCCACAGGUCAGUCAGAGUCACAUCAACACUAUGAGAGCUAUAAGUGUGAUGGGAUUGAAAAGGAGGCAAAGAAGAAAAAAAGUAAUGACAAAAGCAGAAUGUGCUUUGAGAAGGCAUCUAGUGGAAUUCCUGGAGACCUCUGCAGGCAGGAUGUGUUUGUUCCUGCUACAUGCCAAUCAUCCAAGUGUGCUUCAGCCCAUUCUGCAGCUCAGCAAUCCUACAAGAUGUCUUCGGUUCUGGAAGUCAAAAGUAGCCAUGAUGGGAGCAAGGGAAAAAAUGAGUUACUUGAGAAUCCAGAAAUUCUCCCACCAGUCAGGAAGAAGUCACGCACCUUCUAUAGUGCAGAGCAGCUAGAAGAGCUGGAGAAGAUGUUCCAGGAUGACCACUACCCCGACAAUGAGAAGAGGAGGGAGAUCGCGGCUGUGGUUGGUGUAACACCACAGCGUAUCAUGGUCUGGUUUCAGAACCGCAGGGCAAAGUGGCGGAAAUCGGAGAAGUUGAGGACGAAAGGGAACAAAAAAUAUCCAACAUCUUCAACUGUGUCAGUCCCCCUUGGGUCAGAUGGUUAUGGGGCACCUCUUCUGCCCAUGCCUCCACUACCUGACAUUGCUUAUGACCACUCUGCCACGCUGAGUAUAGAGACUACAGCUGGGAACUACUCCAGCCAGCUCAGUGGACAUCCUGCACCACUUGCCUCCUCCUCAGUCCCUUCUGCAGAAGGAAUGGUGGCAUCUUGUGAAGCACUUCAGACAAAGGCGUUACCACAGCUCAGCUUCAGUUCCAGCAGAACAGAAUGCUUCCCAAAUCAUCCCAGCCCUCCACCCAUCCGCAGGGCCAGCCUACCUCUUAGUCUGUCCUUCAGCCACCACAGCUACAUUGUUCCUUUGAUGCUGGACACUCCCAGCAGUGAAUGCAGCUUGUCCAGUCAGGAAAACGGCUCCAGGGAGGCCUUCACUUACAACAUCCAGAAUCAAAGUCUGAGUUCACCAGUUUCCUGCAAUUACCAUGAGCAUCUGGAGUCAGCAGGCAAUGUAGAGACCACAUGCUGUCAGUUCAACAGUCAGGGUGGAAUUUACCAGCUGCCCCAAUAUCCCCAGCAGCACCAGUUCUCCCAGUUCCACUGUCUGCCAGGUCAGCUGGCCAGCAGUCUGCUCUCCAGUGUCCACCUCGCUGCUACACCCUCUGCUGAGUCCCAUUCGGCUUUCCUCACCUUACCUGGUAACAGUGGAGUUGUAAACUAUGGGGCAGCAGGAGCCACACAAGGCUAUGUACAAAACCACAUGGGAGGACAGCUCUUGUUACAGCAGCCAGGUGGAAGCUUGGCAGGCAUCACUGCCUAUCAAGCUCUCCCCUGGAAUGAUUUCUACAUGCAGGGAGCUCCAUUCUCGAAUCAGCUGCACUCACAAAUGCCAUUUUCUGGCGCAGCAAGAGGACAGCACUUUGCAGAGCAGAUUUCCUACACUCAGCCACCUUGCCCUCCCUCCUCUCCGUAUUUUCAAGUGCCCAAUGGACCAACACUAGGAUCCAUGCCACAUGCUGGAAGACAAACAGGAGACACACCACCAGACCAGAGUUCCUACCAGAACCAACAAACAGAGCCAGAGUUGACGUCACUUGCUGAAAGAGAAGUAGAGAGUAACAGCAAGAAAGGAGAGACUGCUGUUGGUAACUGA